AACCUUAUGGAUGAAUGAACAUGACUAAGCAUCCGUCGCCCACCCACAAUCCUUUGCGCCGUAAAAAUACGUAAACAGCCACUUUGUGUCCAUUGAUACGGUGAGGUCUCGCUCUGUUCUCUACAUUUGGUGCCUAGAAGAAAAUAUCAACUGUUUCAAAGCUUCAGCUACUUGUAAACGUCAUAAGGAAACCGGACGUGUCUGUCAGCUUCUGUUGCUGGCAAAGAUGGCUCAUCUCUCAGCGCUUUUCAAGUAUGUGGACGAACACCAGGAUCUGUAUGUGGAGCGUCUCGCAGACUGGGUGGCAGUUCAGAGUGUGUCUGCUUGGCCAGAGAAGCGCGGGGAGAUCAAGAAGAUGAUGGAGAUGGCAGCCAAAGACAUCGAGAGGCUGGGGGGAACUGUGGAGAUGGUUGACAUCGGCAAACAGAAGCUUCCCUCUGGAGAGGAGAUCCCUCUGCCACCUAUAGUCCUGGGUCAUCUGGGCUCAGACCCGAGCAAGAAGACAGUGUGUAUCUACGGCCAUCUUGAUGUCCAGCCGGCCAACAUUGAUGAUGGCUGGGAUACAGAGCCUUUUACCCUGGUGGAGAAAGACGGUAAACUCUUUGGAAGAGGUUCAACUGAUGACAAGGGUCCCGUGUUGGCCUGGUUUAACUGCAUUGAGGCUCACCAGAAGAUCAAUCAGGAGCUGCCCAUCAAUAUCAAAUUCUGCUUCGAGGGGAUGGAAGAGUCUGGAUCGGAGGGCCUGGAUGAGCUGGUGUUUUCACGAAAAGACACCUUCCUAAAAGACGUGGACUACGUCUGCAUCUCUGACAACUACUGGCUCGGCAAGACCAAACCCUGCAUCACUUACGGCCUGAGAGGAAUCUGCUACUUCUUUGUUGAGGUGCACUGUGGUGACAAGGAUCUUCACUCAGGGGUGUUUGGUGGCUCUGUUCAUGAAGCCAUGACCGACCUGAUCGCACUUAUGGGCUCCCUCUUGGACAAUAAGGGGAAGAUUUUGGUUCCCGGGAUGAGCGACGAUGUGGCCCCUGUGACAGAGGAGGAGUCAAAGCUGUAUGAGAAAAUAGAGUUUGACUUGGAUGAGUACUGCAAAGACGUUGGAGUAGGACAGCUUCUGCAUGACACCAAGGAAAAAGUCCUGAUGCACCGCUGGAGGUAUCCAUCUCUUUCUCUUCAUGGUAUUGAGGGAGCUUUCUCUGAAACAGGAGCCAAGACUGUCAUCCCCCGCAAGGUUAUCGGCAAGUUCUCCAUCCGCCUCGUCCCCGACAUGGACCCCAAAGUUGUGGAGAAGCAGGUCAUGGAUCAUCUGCAGAAGAAGUUUGCUGAACUGGGAAGCCCCAACAAGCUGAAGGUGUACAUGGGCAGCGGCGCCAAGGCCUGGGUCUCUGACUUCAACCACCCACACUACAUGGCUGGCCGAAAGGCCAUGAAGACAGUCUUUGGUGUGGAGCCUGACCUGACCCGUGAGGGUGGAAGCAUCCCCGUCACCCUGACCUUCCAGGAGGCCACAGGACGCAACGUCAUGCUGCUCCCUGUUGGAUCCUCUGAUGAUGGAGCUCACUCCCAGAAUGAAAAGCUCAACAGAACCAACUACAUUCAGGGGACCAAGAUGCUUGGUGCAUACUUCCAUGAGGUGUCCCAGCUGGAAUGAAAUGAUGUCUCAUUAUAACAACAUUUAAAAUAUUUCCAUCCUUACUAUCAGAGCCAUAGCCUUCAUGGUAUGAAUUACCUUUCAGUCAGCAGUUUUAUACAAACCUCCUGAUGAUAAUAAAAAUGUUUUUCUUUGUAA